AGGAAGAAGAAGUCCUAACUUGCUCUACAGCUGCGGUGUCCGACGUUAUUCAACUGAAAACAGUGUGUUGCUGCAGGUGAGGCUUUCGGCCGUGAAUCAUACCAGGCAGACACCGUGUGGCCGUCACCCGCUCCAGGAUGAGCGGCAUGCGAACCAUGCUCAGCUCCAUUGCGAUGGUCGCUGUGCUGGGGGUCGGCUAUGGGAUGUGGUCCGUGAUAUCUCCAGGAGAAGAGAGGCGGAAAGAGCUACUCAAGAAUCUGCCUGAAUCAAACCCAAUGCGAAUGGAGGAGACGAGGAAGAGAAACGCUCUGGUGAUGCAGGCACUCAAAGAGGCAGCUGAAACCAACGACAACAUUGCAAGAGGAUUCCAAGGACCCAUGAAAUAGACAGACCCGGCUCUUUGACCUGCUUGCAGAAUCUUCAUUUAUUGAACACUGCUGGCAUGCAGGUCCACAGCCUGUUCAAAGAAAGAUGGACAUUAUUUUAUUUUUACAGGGAAGUUGUUGUAAUUUGCAGCUCUUAUGUCUGCAUUUUACGUGAAAACUAUUCACCACUGGAUGUUAAAAUUGUUCAUUAAAACUCUCUUAAUCCAA